UAAAAAAGGGCCUCGGAAAGCUUCGGUUCUUCUGUUCCUUUCAAUCUUUGCAAGCGCACCAAUUUUAUCUUCGCCCUCAAUCCGAUGGAGUUUCUUCACCUAACUAAUCCGUAACCCUGUUUCUAAUCGGAGGAAUCCGAAUCUGUGUUAAAGUUUUCUCCUUUUGAUCUGGAAUUCGUUCGGCUUCCUAUGAAAUUGUCGUCUGGAUGAAUUUAGAUGCUUUGAUUCUCAGACCCAGAUCGAAAAGAUGCUAGGGGCGAUCCAUUUUGGGGUAUUAGCGGCUUGUGUGGUUCUGUUCGUGCCCAUGGCUAUGGCGGGUUGGCAUCUGAGCAGACACAAGAUCCUCUUCUUCAGUGGCGCCUUGUUCAUUUCCCUCGCGGUAUGUGUUCAUCUCACGCCGUAUUUCCCGUCCGUUUCGGACAUCGUGGCCUCGGUUUCUUCUGUCGUUGUUUAUGAUCACCGUAGUUCUUGUAUUAAUCUGGUUAAUGAGAUUACCUGGGAUGUUAAGCCGAAACCAGCAGAACCUGCUGGUAAGAAUGGUUCGAAAUUGGACUAUUUUGAGAAGAAUUGGGAUUGGGUGAAAUUGAGGAAAGUGAUGGACUGCGAGUUUCAGAAGCUGGGUAAAUCCGAUGCCUCAGACUUGUUGAAUGGAUCAUGGGUCGUCGUAGCCGGUGAUUCUCAGGCAAGGUUCGUGGCUCUUUCCUUGCUGAAUCUGGUUUUGGAUUCGGGUUCAGAGGCUAUGGAAUCGGCGAAGGCUGAUCUGUUCAAGAGGCAUAGUGAUUACAACAUUCUGGUUAAGGAGAUUGGGAUGAAGCUGGAUUUCGUCUGGGCUCCCUACGAGACGAAUUUGACUGAUCUAGUGAUAGUGUAUAAGAAGGAGAGAAAAUACCCAGAUGUUCUUAUGCUGGGAACUGGCUUGUGGCAUAUGCUUCAUGUGAAUGAUGCUUCAGAUUACGGCGAUCAGCUGAAGAAGCUGAGGAGUAAUGUGGAGAGUCUGGGGCCGUUUUCUCCCGAGCAAGACGGGUCUGUCUCUGUCAGAUCGCCGCAUCUGUUUUGGAUUGGAAUGCCCGUCGAAGUUCUGUUGCCAACAGAACUAUUUAACCAAAUGUGGUUUGUGUCUCUUAACACAGUGUGGCAUGCAUACGAUAGAUCGCUCGGGGAGAGCAAGAUCUUGCGGCAAACAGGGGGUCCUCUCAUUUUGCUGGAUAUUCAGUCGUUUACGUGGAACUGUGGACCUCAAUGUACGCUUGACGGGAUGCAUUACGAUGGGGCGGUGUAUGAUGCAGCAGUCCAUGUCAUGUUGAAUGCGUUGCUCGUCGAAUCACACCAAAGGCUGUGAAUUCUCGGUUUCUGUUUUUUUGGUUUUCUUCCUUGUAGAGAGCUUAAGAAAAGGAGGGGUUUGGCUGUUCGCAGGAGGGUGGUGCCUUGGCCUGAUGAUCUUCAUUCCUGGCAGGUUAUAUUGUUAUUAUUAUCUUGACUUGGAUUUUAACUUAGUAAAGGUCCUCAAUGUAGGUAGAGAAUUGAAAUUCUUUUUUCUUUUUUCGGGUUUCCGAAGUUUACCUUUCUCCUAAAUAUCCCAUUGGAAUUCUUCACAUUGAACUUUGAUUUGAUGUGAAUUGGAUUCUCUUGUAUGAACCCACAAACACACUCUUCCUUGGCAGGUUAACAUCACACUCUUUUGGUUCUUCUGUGUAUCUUUCAAUAAUAAGAAACAGUGAAGUGUAAUGAUCUCUUUUCUUUUCUAUCUUUCAUCAUUUGGUACC